GCAAAGGGAAAUUCGUAAAGAUGGGAGGGACAGAGGACGCGCAGAGCUUCGGGCCAAGGUGUAUUCUCGCAAGUGGCCUUUCCCUGGAGGAGCGCCGGGCAAUACGCUCGAUUCUUGACGACAAGGAUCAAGACCGGGAGGACAGAACACCUUUGGUGGCGCAUAACUUGGAAAUAGCGGAGAAGAGGGUGGGAGACGUCCUGACUGAUGCACCGAUGAUCGGUCUGCUUCAGGAGAAACAAGAAGAGGCCAGGGAUGCCUCGCCAGAACCGUCUUCGCCGGUGAUUCUGAUCAGUGGUUUCACCAAUCCAGAACUGAGAGACUUUGUCACACGGUUUCGCAGUGAAACGGGGGUUGGCGCUGCAUUUGCCAAGGCUGUCCCAAACGCCAUGACGAAGUCGGUGGCUAGAUUGUGCGAGGAGAUUGCUCAAGAUCACGCUGAUGCUCUCGCGGGCAAACUGUCCGACGGCAAAGAAUGAACGAACAGAGCGUGUGGCGUCGUACAAGUUGGUACCAUCUUUAAUUUGAAAGACUUCUGAGCGCAACACAAGUCAACCGCGAGACUUUGCGGUGGGAAUGUGAACAAGAAUUCCCAAAGCUCUCGCGCAGGCAAUUUCAUGCGGAUACGCAAACAUGAACGUGCCAUGAGCGCUUUGGCGGGCGGAGACUGCGGGCGGAUAUUGACAGCACCUCCUAGGCGGUACAUCGAGUCCACGAAAUCAAGUUGAUCCUCGUGGCUUCGCUAUUGCCCAUUGGGGUCUUGAAUGGCCCUCCUGACGGCUUCCCUCCCAGGGCGAAACUAUAGUUUU